UGUUUGAAUUUUGAAGACUGCUUUGUAGAAAUCCAAGCUUUGCAAAUCACAACUUUAAUAUUUCAAACCACUCUCCCUCCAAAAAAAAACUUGUUUUAAGGGAAAUGAAUACAUUCCAAACCUCAAUAGCAAAUCAAAAUGUUUCUAACAUUCUCUGGCCACCGGAGAGCACUUGCACCGAGGAAUGGAUCCUCCUCCGGUGACACGAAUCCAAAGCCACGCGUCGAUAUUUCCAUCUCCAACAAAGAGAAUGUUCCUCCCUCCGCCCAACUCAACGAGGAGGCGGUUGAUCCAUCUUUGAAAAGGCUCGAGACACUAAGGUGCGAGGAGGCACUGAGAGACAAGUCCCUGAUGCUGGAUUCGGCAAUCAAGGAGAUUCUAAAUCGAGGGGAGGCGCAGAAGCAGCUCGAGCUUGAGCUCGACCGCCUCUAUCGCCUCAACCAAAUCAACUUAGCUUGCAUGAUGACAUCUCGUCUUCGAUCACUGAGAGACAAGGAAGAAGAGAAGAAGAUGAAAAUGAACAAGCAUAUAUUUAUAUUCAAGGCGGGGAGAGUCUGAGUCCACAAGAUGCUUGAUUUCAAUUUCGAAUCAAUCUAUUUGUUGUGUUGAGUAAUUGAGUUUUUCUUUUCUUGUCUUGUUUCAUUUGAGAAAUGAAAUUCAAUUUUCACUGUCA